UAGACACCAUGAGAGUAUUCAUACUGGAGAGAAGCCAUACAAGUGUACCAAAUGCGGCAAGGCCUUUAGACAACGGGCGGACAUCAGGAUUCACCAAAAAAUCUAUGCUGGAGAGAAACCUCACAAGUAUGAUGAGUGUGGAAAAGCCUUUACCCAGGCCUCUCACCUCGCUAUACAUCAGAUCAUCCAUACUGGAGAGAAACCAUAUGAAUAUGACAUAUAUGGCAAAGUCUUCAGUCAAAAUUCACAUUUCGAAAGUUAUCGUAGGAUUUGUACUGGAGAGAAGCCUUACAAAUGUGUGUGGCAAGGUCUUCAGUCAAAAUUCACACCUUGUAACUCGUCUGAGAAUUCACACUGGAGAGAAAUCCUACAGAUGUCAUGAGUGUGGCAAAGCCUUUACUCGAGGCUCACGCUUCAUUAAUCAGCAGAUAGUUCAUACUGGAGAGAACUUUCCAAAUGUACUGAAUGUAGCAAGGCUUUUAAGCAGGGCCCUAAACUCAGGACUCACCAAAUAGAUCAUAAUUGUAAAUGCAAUGAAUGUAGCAGUGUUUUCAAGUAGUGCUCACUACUCGUUAGAUAACAGUAUCUAAUAUAUCUUGGGGCAAAGGCACACAAAUGUAAUGUGUGUGACAAGGAUUUUAUCUGAGGAUCAGAAGUUGGGGAACAGAAUAAUUCAUACUGGGGAGAAACCUUAGAAAUCCAAUGAGCAUGGGAAAAACUUUACCAUGAGUUCAAGUACUACAUGACAUCAGAGAAGUCAUAUUGAAGAGAAACCAUGUAAAUAUAAGGUAUGUGGCAGACGCUCUAUUCAGGCUUCACAGUGCACUGGA